GAGAGAUGCAUGGUGAAUGGACAAGGAAAGAGAGAGGGAGGGACUGAAGCGUUUAUCAAAAGGCAGGGAGGAUUAAUUAUGAGAGAGAGAGAGCACGAGAGAGAGAGAGCUGCAUUGUGUGGAGCCUUGGGAAAAGACCAGAAGCUCCUAUAGUCCCUCCACUCAACACAGAGCAGCCACACAGAGAGAGUCACAACCCUCCCUCACACUUCUCUCUCUGGAUACCAUAAGAACCUGUCUUACAGCUGAUUUCCCACUAGAUACUACAGCCAACCGGAGCAGAGGAAAAUCCUGGAUACUACAGCCAACCGGAGCAGAGGAAAAUCCUGGAUACUACAGCCAACCGGAGCAGAGGAAACCACUAGAUACUAGUUUAGAACUUUUCUUUUAUCUGUAAUCCGGUGUGUUCCAUGAAGCCCUGAUGAUGAACUAGAUUGUAAAUGAAGUGCAUGGUAUCGCAGCCACCGAGUACACAGCUUGUCUUUACUAAGAGCCCUGAUCAGAGAAGACGACUCAGAGAAGACGACGUGAAGGAGAAAGAUUCUGGAGGUUUUGGUCGGAGCAGUACACAUCCUCUUUUCUAUACAAUACUCCUGGGGAGUGCACUCAUCAUCCGCCAGUUGAAGGGAGAGGGGGAGAUUGUAUCGAUCGACCGAGAGAGAGAGAGAGAACUGGCUGUAUGAUUGCGUUAAGCGAGCUAGACAGAAUGUUGACUUAAUUCAAACCCCUCCCUGCUCGCACCGUCUGUCGCAGACAGCUUGUUUAGUGACCUAUAACUCUUAUGGACGAAAAGGACAUUUACAUUACAACUGUGAGAAAAGGGUGUUUUGGUCUGUCACAAGAGGCAGUGGGACUACGGAUUCCCCACAAAACGGGGUUUUGUUUUUCUGGGUAGGCUAAGAUUAACAGUAUCGGACAAUUGGUGAUUCUUUAAAGCACCUCCUUUAGCUCACAAGGACCGGAGACAGCAAGAGAAAAGUACACCGGUCCAUCAAGAGAAAAGUACACCGGUCCAUCUCCGUGGACAGUAGGCAUUACAAAACGGACAAUAAAAGCCAUUCUUGUUGUUAACAUCGUUUGUUCUUCUUCAGGACAUGACAGAGAGAAAAGGACUCAGCUGGACUCAGUUUCUCCACGUGUUAUAAUUAAACCUCUGGACCAGCGCCCAGUUUUAUAAUGGGCUACUGUGAUGAGUCCUGCCGCAGCAACAGUUCCCAGGACUAACCCAUGUGAUGAAGACAUUUUAAUGGACUUUCCAGAGGUGAGGAGCGUAUCACCAGAAACUGUGAUGCAGAAAUAGAGCAAAUCCCAGAGUGAAAUGAUGAUGUGCUUUUUCUUUUUGUCAGGGAUCCUUGUAUUCCCUUCGUUUCUCAGUCACAUGAAAUGAACUUUUCUUGGGUUUCCCCAACCUGUGCAGGGACAGAGACUUUUACAGCUAUUGAACUAGUUAAACUGCCUUCCAUUUGCUAAUUCUUCUCUCCUCCCGUCUGGUCUACUGCCCUGCAGUGGAGGGGCAGGCCGCUAUGGCAGCUUUCACUCUCUCUGCUGCUACGAUACAGCUGUAGCUCGUAUAUCCCCCAAACCGCCACCACUCCAAGAUCCCGUUGAGACUGAGAGUACACCAACCUCCAACUCCGCUCCUGUUGAGAGACAGAGAGGGAGACAAAGACAAGGAGAGAAAGACUUUGCGCCUACCAAACUUUUAUUGAGGAAGAAAGACUGUGGACCAACCAAAACAGAGAGACUGUGCACCAACCAGGAGCCCCACGGACGGAUAUAAAAAUUCCUGGUGUCACUCUCUCGUCCCCUUGUCGUGUCCCGUCAGCACAAUGCUCAGGUCUCAGGCUGUAACUACCCCUCUGGUGCUGAACUCUCUCCUCCUAGUGCUCCUACUGCAGCAAGCCGGGGUCAGGGCUGAGACAGGGGUCGCGGCUGAGCCCGGGGUAGGGGCAAGUGAGUCUGGGGUCGGGGCCAGUAGAUGUCCCAAGGGCUGCCUGUGUUGCUCCGACAUCCUCAGCUGCGUCGACAAGGGUCUGAAGGCACUGCCCUCUGAGCUGCCCGCGUACACCACCACCCUGGACCUCAAUCACAACCGCCUGAAGGAGCUGAAGAAGGGGAGCUUUGCUGCGCUGCCCCGUCUGGAGUCUCUCCGCCUGGCUCACAACUCUCUGAAAUGCCUCGAGCCCGGAACCUUCUGGAACAGCAGCGCGCUACGACAACUGGACCUGUCGUCCAAUCAGCUAGAAAAGGUAGAGGCGCACUACUUCCUGGAGCUGACAGGAUUGGAGGAGCUGCUGCUCUUCAACAACCGGAUCAUCCUCGUGGAGAGCAAGGCCCUGGCGGCGCUCGGCAACCUACGCAAGGUCUACAUCAGCCACAACCGCCUCACGGACUUCCCCUUCUCCAUCCAGGAGGACAGCCACCCCUUCUUAGCCACCAUGGACCUGUCCUCCAACAGCAUGUCCAAACUCCCCCUGGUGGACAUCGAGACCCUGCCGGCGGCCUUGCAGAGCGGACUCUUCCUCCACAACAACACCCUGAUCUGCGAAUGCGAAAUGUACAAUAUGUUUCGGCGCUGGGAGCAGAAGGGGUUCCCCUCGGUCAGUGACUUCAGGGAGGAGCACACCUGCCUGGUGUAUGGGGAACACAAGGCCUCGGUUAAAUUUUUCCACCACAGACGCUUCUUUGAAGUGAACUUGAAGUGCAGCACGGCAGUGGCUGGAGCUCUAUGGGAGCCUGAGGGAAGCCUGCUGGUGUACGAAGGAGCCGCCGUGGUUCUGGACUGUCACACCAUGCUCAAAGGACAGCACCUAACUUACUUGUGGGUUUCGCCUCACCACGGGGCAGGUGCCCCGCCGGAGAACAACGGCACUCUCCGCAUGCACGCCAACGGCAGUCUGGAGAUUGUGUCGGCGCAGGUCGAGGACUCCGGCGUGUACUGGUGCAAGGUUUUCGACGGGACUAAGAGGAACGAGUCAUGGGAAGUGAACGUGACGGUGUUGAUGCGACACGACGAAACCGAGCCCUUCAACACGGGGUUUACGACCCUCAUAGGGUGCGUGACGACCCUCGUUCUGGUCCUCAUGUACCUUUACCUGACCCCCUGCCACUGCUGGUGCCACAAGCAGCCGCCUCUGCCGGGUACCCCCAGCCCGGCCAAUGACCAGUGCAGUGCCCAGUCCUCAAUCCUGACCCCCACCCCGCCCGCCACCACAGAGGGCCCAGGCCGCAAGGUCAGUAACAAGCAUGUGGUGUUUCUGGAACCCAUCAAAGAAGUGCAGAACGGCCGGCUAAGGGUGGCUACAGGUGCGCUGUCCCCAGUCUCGGUUUCAGGCCACUCCAUCACCUCAGUCUUCUCAGACUCACCCAUCGUGCCAUAGCACCAGGCAGACAAGCCAUCUCCUACUGUACCUUCCCUCUACCAAACACCUGCCUCCUCUGUCCCACCCCACCCCACUAGCAGAGAGAGUGGGUUGGGUUACCCACCAGGCAGGGCAGAGAGUUAGACACUGCCUGUCAGAGUAGGAUAGAUAGAUUGCCACCCAGGGGUGAGGCAGAAGACACCACAAGAGGGAGAUUGAGAGACAGAAAUAGAGAGAGGAAGAGAUAGGCAGGGAGAUGGAGAGGAACAGAUAGGCAGGGAGAUGGAGAGCAUGACAGCAAAAGAGCAGAGAAAUUAACAUCCGGCACAAACUCAACUGGCCCAGGCCAGGUUUGACUGGACUGCCUUUCUGAGGAGUGGAACGACAAGGAUCCUGCAUGUUGAGUGAGAAACAGUGCUUCUGGACUAGGGCUGCAACAUUCUUUUGACUUUCUCAAAACAUUCCCCCCGAUUUCCCAGAAAUCCUGGAUACGAGGAAAUAAGCAGAAAUCAGUGAAUUCUUGAAACCAGGAUUUGUGGAAAACCAGGGAACUUUGAGAAAGUUUACAGAGUUUUGCAACACAAUACCGGGUGUAUAUCUAGAACUAUAUCAAAACAAAGCAGGAUAGAGCUGUCCCUGUUAGCACGGCUUGUACCCUUUAAUAGAACCAGAGCUAGUGUAUGAAUGCCUCGUCUAAGAAAAUUUGAACAAAA